AUGAGUUCUGAUAUGCAAAUCCUUUCCAAGUUUAAAAUCGGUGACAUGGAGCUCAAGAACCGUAUCAUUUUGGCUCCUUUGACUCGCGCCAGAGGAACUCCACAGGACGAUCCAAUGGACCCUGCCAGCCGCGUCCCCAAUGAUACUCAAGCUCUCUACUACGAGCAACGUGCUUCUGGUGGUCUCAUUCUCACUGAAGCUUCUGCAGUUAGCGAGGAAGGUUACGGAUGGCUGAAUGCUGCUGCCAUCUACACUGACGACCACGUCGCAGGGUGGAAGAAGGUUACUGAUCGAGUGCACGCCAAGGAUGGAAAAAUCUUUUGCCAACUCUGGCACAUGGGAAGACAAGCUCAUUCUAGCUACCACCCUACCACCAAGCGCACUGUCUCGGCCUCUAGUGAACCAAUGGCUGGAAAAGUUAAAACCAUCGACAAUGGUGAGGCUGAUGGCGAGGUCCCACAUGCACUAACUGUUGAUGAGAUCAAGACCACCAUUGCCGAUUUCGUAAAUGGCGCUGAAAAGUCCAAGGCUGCUGGUUUUGAUGGUGUUGAAAUUCAUGCUGCCAACGGAUACUUGGUUGACCAAUUCCUUCAAUCCAAGACCAACAAGCGAACUGAUCAAUAUGGAGGAUCUAAGGAGAACCGUAUCAGAUUCUUAAAGGAAAUUGUUGAAGCUAUCAUUGCCAGUGGUGCCUACCCCGCUAGUCGCAUCGGCUUCCGCAUCUCCCCUAACGGUGCCUUUGGUGACAUGGGAUCCGAAGACAACGUCGAAAUGUUCACCUUUGUGGCGAAGGAAAUGAACCAAUACAAUUUGGCGUAUCUGCAUAUCAUGGACGGUCUAGGUUUCGGUUACCACGGAAAAUGCAGGCCCGUCACCUGUGCAGACAUUCGAAAGAACUAUGAUGGUGCCAUCAUGGCCAACGUUGGCCUCACCAAGGAAAUCUCGGAAGGAUUGGUCCGAUCUGGAGCAUGUGACUUGGCAUGCUUUGGACGACUAUACAUCAGUAAUCCUGACUUGCCUGAGCGUUUCGCCAACGACUGGCCAGUAGCAGACCCAGCUCCGUAUGAGACCUGGUGGGCUCACACUGGCGAAAAGGGCUACACUGACUGGCCAGUCUACGAAGAACCCAAGGAGGAGUAA